AUGGAUUUCAUUAAAGAAGCCAUUUGUGAUAAUAACGAUGAAGUGUAUAAAUACCUUCUCGGCUGGAUUGCAUCAAUGAUUCAACAUCCUGGAAUCAAGAAUGAAACAGCAAUUAUUUUGAAAGGACUUCAGGGAACAGGUAAAAACAGAUUUACAGACAUUAUUUCUGAACUCCUCGCUGGUUAUUCAUGUAAAAACAUUACUGAAAUAAGUGAGCUAACGGGUAAUUUCAACUCAGUAGUUGAGAAUAAAAUGUUUCUUGUACUUAAUGAACUCAAGAAUGUAGGUGAAGACAGACUCGCAAACUUCAACGCUUUGAAAUCAAUUAUUACGGAUAAUGAGAUUAGAAUUAAUGAAAAGAAUCAACCCAGAAGAACUGCUCAGAACGUUGCAAACUUCGUUUUCGUAACUAACAACGUCUACCCUGUCAAAAUUGAAGUUGGAGACAGAAGAUACGUAGUUUUAAGAGUUAAUGGUAAAUUCAAGGGUCAAUUUGAUUACUUCAAGAAUUUAAUGGAUUCAUGCACAAAGGAAUUUUAUGAUAACCUUUUAACAUAUUUUAUGCAAUAUGACCUUUCAUCAUUUAACGUACGAAUUAUACCGAUGACUGAAGCCAAACAAGAUUUAAUUGAAUUAUCAACAAAUCCUUUAGAUGAAUGGAUAAAUACACAUUAUGAUGAAUUAUGUGCAGGUAUGACGUGUAAAAAUGCCCUAUUCUGCAAACCAUCAGACAUGAAAGACAAGAAUUUCCAAAUGAGCAUUAAGGAUAAAUGUGAAAGGAAACAAAGAAAAAUAGAUGGUAAACAAACAUGGUAUUAUGUUUUGAAAGAAGAAAUGAAAGGAUUAUAUAAACAAAUUGAACCAAACGAUAAUGAGGAAUCAUUUACUGACGAUGAAAUACCUGUGAAUGAAGCUUUAUAA